UCUUUAUAGACGCAUAUGUUUGACAGCAGAGAGCCAAUCACAGUGGAGUUCUCCAGAGAGGCGUGUCAUAAUGACAUGUGUUUUCUGCAGGCGAUGGAGCAGGAGAGUGUGGUUCAGUACGAGCCGGUGGCAGAGAUCGGCGGAGGCGCUUACGGUACGGUUUACAAGGCUCGCGACAGAGACAGCGGGCAGUUCGUGGCUCUGAAGAGCGUGAGGGUGCAGACAAAUCAGGACGGCCUUCCACUGUCCACGGUCCGAGAGGUGGCGCUGCUCAAGAGACUGGAGCAGUUCGACCACCCCAACAUCGUCAGGCUCAUGGAUGUGUGCGCCACACUGAGAACAGACCAGGAGACUAAAGUGACUCUGGUGUUUGAGCAUGUGGAUCAGGACCUCAGGACGUACCUGGAGAAAGUGCCGGCGCCAGGACUGCCGAUCCAGCAGAUCAGAGACUUGAUGCAGCAGUUGCUGUGCGGUUUGACGUUCUUGCACUCGAAUCGGGUUCUCCAUCGGGACCUGAAGCCGGAGAACAUCCUGGUGACGAGCAGAGGACAGGUGAAACUGGCCGACUUCGGUUUGGCUCGGAUCUACAGCUGUCACAUGGUGCUCACACCAGUGGUUGUGACGCUGUGGUAUCGCUGUCCUGAAGUGCUUCUUCAGACCACAUACGCCACACCUGUGGACAUCUGGAGCACCGGCUGCAUCUUCGCUGAGAUGUUCAGACGCACACCGCUCUUCUGUGGAGAUUCAGAGGUGGAUCAGCUGGGGAAGAUUUUUGCGGUGAUCGGCCUGCCGUCGGAAGAGGAGUGGCCGAAUGAUGUCACUCUGUCCCGUCAGAACUUCAGCCCUCAAAACCCUCAGCCAAUCACAGACUGUGUUCCCGAGAUCAGCGAGAAGGGGGCGGAGCUCUUAUUGGAAAUGCUGACGUUCGACCCGUUGAAGCGGAUCUCGGCGCUGAACGCUUUGGACCAUCCGUUCUUCACAGAAUGAGCGCUUCAUUCCCAUAAUGCACUGCAGCCUGGGACCAGCAAGAGUGCUUCUCUACCACAUACCUAAAAACUGAAUAUUCAACCGUAGCCGUGUGUGUGUGUGUGUGUGUGUGUGUGUGCAAACGUGUCUGUGACUGUAGUAAUCACCUUCAGUGCCUGUGGCGUUUCGUACGUGAUGAUGAUGAUGAUGAUGAGGAAGAUUCGAGCGUCAUGUUGGCCUGUGAUGAUAGAGUGUCAUAUUUCUCUUCCUUUCAGUGUGAAACAUUAUCAUUAGCAGGUGUAAACGUCCUUCCGCUCGUAUCCCUCAUCCAGCAUCUGAUUCCUCUGAGUAAACGAGUGAACCGGCCCCUAAGACUCACGGAUCUCUGAGCCAGGAACGGCUGACGUCAGUGAUCGGGUUGGGAUCAUGUCUGACGCCAAACCACACCAGCAUAAAGUGUCCACACCGAUUUCUAUUCAUUCCAUUUCACCUGAAAUAAAAUGCUUUCGUUUAUAAA